AUGAUCCGUAGACUCUUCUGCAGAAAUUACAGAAUGUCGAUUAAUAUCAAUGACUUUAACAUUGUCAAGGAGGGAAAAGCGGUGAUCUUGGCGCCCAAGCAGGACAAGGUUUUCUACAACCAUAUCCAGCAGUUCAACAGGGAUCUUUCAGUGAUGGCUACCAAAGCUUGGUUGAAGCAGUACCAAACUUCGAAAGAGGGAAGCAGAGAGCUUCGUGGCAAAAGACGGAAAAUCGAAAAAUCAAAAGCAGAUAUCCCUGAUAAGGAUACUGAAACCAUUGAGGAUUCUUCUGCUACAAAAGAAUCAGAGUCAUCAGAACUCAAUUCCACUACGGAAUCAAACAUAGAGGCUGAAAACCCACCAUUUGUGCGAAUUCUUGAAGCGCUUCUGGCCACUGGACUCCGUGCCAUUCGUUAUGGCCAUGAAGUUCCUCAAGUGUCUCGUGUUGUUGCGAAUGACUUGUUGGCAGAUGCUGUUGCAUCCAUCACCAGAAGCGCCGAAUACAAUGGCCUCCAAAAUAAGGUCGUGGGCCACCAAGGCGAUGCCAUCAAAUACAUGGGCUCCUUGGCUGAUAGCGAAAAAUUCCACGUUGUUGACUUAGAUCCUUACGGCACAGCAGCUCCCUUCCUUGAUAGUGCUGUGCAGCUGGUCAAAGAUAACGGGCUUCUCAUGGUGACAUGCACUGAUGCUGGAGUCUUGGCCGGAAAUGGAUAUCCUGAAAAGUGUUUUGCACUCUACGGAGGCAACAAUUUUGGUAAUACUUCUAUGGGCCUGGAACUGAACCAUGAGGCGGGAAUCAGACUCAUGUUGGGCACGAUUGCCGCCGCCGCCGCCAGGUAUAAAAAGGCAAUCGAGCCUGUGCUCAGCUUGAGCAUUGACUACUACUUUCGUGUAUUUGUCAGGGUCACCACCAGCCCAAUGAAGGUUAAGUCAUUGGCUGCAAACACAAUGCUUACGUACCACUGUGUGGGAUGUGGCCAUCAAAUUGACCAAAGACUUGGUAGAGAGACUGGCAAGCAUCAUCAGACACCGCGUAUUGCACAGAUUCCAGGCGAAAACUGUAAUUUCUGCGACCGUGUGUUCCAUUUGGCUGGACCAAUGUGGGGCGGUGCCAUACAUUGUCCCGAGUUCAUCGAUGAAGUUUUAGCAAUCAAUAAGGAUGCCGAUUCUGCUGUAUACGGGACUCGUGAGCGGAUCAAGGGCAUGUUGACCUUGGCCAAACAUGAAUUGCCAUUGUCACCAUUUUACUUCAACCUCAAUCAGUUGUGUAGUCUUUUGAAAGCGCCACCGUUGCCAAUUGAUGAUUUUGCGAAGGCAAUUGGUAAUUUGGGCUUCCGUGUAUCUCUUACCCAUGCCAAGAAGAACUGUCUCAAGACAGACGCCCCCUGGGAGAAGGUGCUACAAGUGGGUAUCGAAUGGUUGAAGGUAAGCAACGAGAAGUUGUUGGAGACUACGAAGGGCAAAUUAGAAGGCGAAACAGACGAGGCAAAGAAGCAAAAGCUACAAGAGAAGGUUGAUAAGCUUAGUGCUGAUUUGGGCAACAGCACCAAUCUUACUAGUGGAAUGGUGGGACACAGGCUUCUACAGACGGUUCCACGGAAUGACGUGGUAGAUUUCCAUACUUCCAACGAGGUGAGCGAAAGCAUAUCUAAAUUAAGAAAGGUGAAGAUGGUUCGGUAUCAGGAGAAUCCCACCAAGAACUGGGGACCUAAAUCAAGACCAAAGGAGUAG